AUGGAAAAACUGAGAUCUGCUUUAAAUGGAUGGUUUAUUCUAAAAACUGCACACAACCUUAUUUUCAUCUGCUUCAGCCCACAUCAGGCUUCUGGCGACAUCCGUACUAAUGGCGACCGUUACAUCUACCACAUCCAGCUGUCCGGCAUCACCAACCCCUCCCUGCCGAAGUGUCGUGGUGCAAACAUCUGUCAGGUGAAGCUGAACGAUGACUACAGACGUAGGAUUGGCUCUUCUGACAAAGCAAAGUACUACAUUGCAGGAGGAAACCUGGAAGUGGAAGUUCCCUCGGAGUCGCAGUGCGGCCGGGAGAAGAGCAAGAACGCUUCUUCCCUCAUCGUGUUCUACUGCAACCCUUCAGCGGGCGUCGGCAUCCCGGAGUUCAGGAGGGAGACGGAUAACUGCCAGUACACGUUUGCUUGGUAUACGGACGCUGUGUGUGGGCUGACAACCGUCAAUCGGCAGACGUCCGACGGCAACCUGGUUUCCCCAAAUAUAUCCCGCCGAAGCCAGGCAUUGGGGUUGAUGCUGGGCCUCCUGUUGGUGGUUUUCAUCGUCUGUCUGUUGGGGUUUCUGCUGCAUAAGAAAGAACGACGCGAGCUGGUGAUGCAGAAGGUCGCCGGCUGCUGCAAGAAAGGAAAUCAAAUCUCCUAUAAAUAUUCAAAGGUUAACACCGAUGAAGAAGGAGGUGAAGAGGAGAUGGAGUGGCUGAUGGAGGAGCUCGAAGCCCCCCUUUCUUCAACCUCGCAGCGCAGCAGGAGUAACCAUAGCAACGGCCACAUCAGGACCAAGCCGGUGAACACGGACGGCCUUCGCUCGUUCUCUCUGGACGAGCAGGACGAGGACAGCGAGGACGAGGUGCUGAGCGUCCCGGGGGUCCGAGUCCUCAAACCCUCAGGAGUCACCAGGACUCAGCGCAGCGCCUUCCUUCAGGAGGAGAGCGAUGAAGACCUGGUGGGUCUGUUGGAGGAGUCGGACAGGGCGAGGAGGAGCAGCAAACCUCGCUCCUCAGGGAGCAAUCCCAGUAACAGCCGGAGACGGGAGGACGAGGACAGCGACGAGGACCUCCUCAGGGUGUGAUGUCACAGCGCCCUUCGUCUGUCCCUCCAUCCAUACGAACUCUUCUUUCAGUGAAUGUCUUGAAGAGGGCAGCGAUGAAACCAACAGAUAUCUCCUUUUGGUGCGAGGCGGUUGGUUUUUUUCGUUGCGCCGCACCUUUUCUCGGCUUAUCUGGACUCAGGCUGCCGAAGCUGAUUUUAAUUUAUUGAGAGGUUUAUUAUUUAAACUGUCCUCCGGGCCGUUAGUGCCUGCAACCUGUGUUCUUAGAUGAUCUCCCGUAGCUCUGCCACAUUCGAACCCUGAAUGCAAACGUUCCUCAGUGGGAAAAUUAAACCAUAAUACUUCUUUACUUUCUUAUUUUUUCAGUUUGAAAUAGCCGUGCCAUUGCUUUAGCACUUUGAUUAAAUCAGUACAACGUAAACGUCUGCAGGAAACUUUUUUUUUUUUGCUAUAAGAACAUUUAGAAAAGCUGUCAAGCUGUGAAGCAUUUCGGCGUUUUUUUUGGCAGGCUGUUCAGCUUCGGCUCGGCCGAGUUAUUAAGGGAACGAAGACACUGUUUACAGCUGCUAGCAGAGCAGCUCUUUUUUUUUUUCUUUCUUUCCCCUUAAAGACAGUUUGAUGCCUUCCUGAUGAUGAUGAUUUUCAUCUGCGAAUCUUGUCUGGCGAGUUCUUUGUAUAUUUGAACGAUUAUGUUAAAAAUGUUUUUUUUUUCUCAUCUCGUCUGCUGUGUCACUCAAACAUGUUUUAUGACCAUUUAACAGCUUUUCUCUACGUCUCUGUGUGUUAAAAUAGAAAAGGCCUUAAGAAGGAAUAGAUGGUCGACUGAAGGGAAAGUUUGGAAGCCAUAUUUCUGCAGAUCCCCAUUUUAAUCUCCUUAAUCUGCAGGUUUUAAAUACAGAUUUUUUAGUGUCAGAGCUCACACCUGGCUAAGCAAAAAUUACAUCAGUAUUUGCAAAGCGUGCCACAAAUAACCAAGAUGAAAACAAUCUACAGUGUUUUUUUACAGUGUUUGGGAAAGAUACCUCACAAAGUAAUCAGAGAAUCUCUGAUCGCUGAGAUGUUGUCGCUGUAUUAGCACCACGAUUUAAAAUGGCGCAUGUGAUCCGGAUGUUUUCUUAAAUGCCUUUUGUCUAAGUAACCUCCAAAU